AUGCAAAAUAGCUCUACGAAUGAGAGCGGUAAUGGUACCCUUCCUUGUGGAAGUAAUUUGGAGGAAACCAUAAGAAAUAUAAAGCGCGCCAACAGUGGAAUAUCAGAAUUCUACGGCAAAUUUUCAAAAUAUCCACCUCAACAAACUAACGAAAAUGAGAAUAGCAUUAAGGAGGAAGUGAUUUCCUUGAGCAUUGAUGAGGGUUCCGCCUUUGAAUCCAGUAAUUCUCCGCCUGGGAAGCCUUUCGAACAGGAGGAGCCUGCGAAGCAGGCAGAACACGUGGAGUAUGUCGUUUCUCGACGAAGAAUCGGCAUUUUUCAACGACGAAUUAAUCUUUGCUACUUUAUAUGGCUUAAGCUGAUCUAUGCAUAUGACUCCGGUGCGUUUAGUGCCGCGGUCGGUGUCGAGAAUGGCAUAGUUGAUGAAUGGAAAGUAACUACUACACAGCAAGGUGCAUUGAUCUCGAGUGUUUUCCUUGGCAGCGUCUUUGGCUCCGCGUUUUCGGCUCACUUGUUCUCGAUUUACGAUCAACGAAGAGUGCUUUUACUGUCGAUGAUAUUUCACACCCUUGCGACUUUUUCGUUUACUGCGUUCCCAUUUUUCUACCUGGCACUUGUGAAUCGUUUCCUAUUGGGAAUUACCCUGUCGUUUAUCGUGGUCUACGUCCCUGUGUGGGUGGAAGAGUUUGCACCUAAGUGUCGUGAAAGCAUUUGGAUGGGUUUGCAUAAUGUUGCUGUGCCUAUAGGGAUUAUUUUCGGUUAUUUAAUGUGUGCCUACUUCACUCUAAGGGUGCAAAUCGGAUGGGAGUGUGCUUUUUUCGCAAAGUGCCUCUUCAUGUUGCCUACAUUACUAUUGUUGUGGCGGAUCGACCCAGAGUCCAUUAAUGUAGGUCGAGUUUCCACUACGCAGAAUGAUACAGACCCGACGAAAGCUAACAUUUUAGAGUUGCCAGGGGAUCCUUCAGCAGACAUAAACACCUACGACGCGGCCACGAGGUCAUCCCGCUUUGACAGGAUCAGAAAUUACAUUUUCCAGCGUAUCGGUCUCAUCUGGGAGGUUGUGCGGCCUUUGCUUUACAAUACUGUUUUCAUGCUUAACAUGUUUAUAUUGUGUAUGAUGUUCUUUGUCGUGACGGGGCUGCAGAACUUCUUGACGCAGUACCUCCGCGAGGAUCCAUUCAAUGCGUCGAUGACUACCAUUACGAUUGGUUUUGGAAUCAGUGUCCUAACGGCCCCUGUACUGGGGGUGUUGGUCGGCGCAGUCGCACUCGAUCUGUGUGGUGGAUAUAGCGAUGAUCUAUUUCGCGUAGGUAUUUUUGGAUUAUGUUGGAGCAUCCCUGGAUCUAUUUUUUCGACGAUAUGUAUUUUUAUUUCGAAUCCGGUCUCGUUCAUAGUAUUUCUAGCGCUAUUGCUCUUCUGUGGCGGCGCAAUCGUUCCCUUUGCUACGGGCCUCACUAUGAGCUCUCUGCCGGAGAACUUGCGCCCUGCCGGCGCUGCCUUCUCACAGAUAGUUUAUAAUCUCCUCGGUAAUUUUAGUGGGCCCAUGGUUUGUAGUGUGGUUGCGGAUUUAUCAGGUGGGCUCAAGUAUGGCAUUAUGACUUUACUCUUGUCUACCAACGUGGGGGUUAUUCUGGUUGCGGUCUUGUUUUUCAUCUCUACAAAAAAUAGAAUUAAUAAAAAUUCCACCUCUUCAGAAGUGGUUGUCACUUGUAACACAGAUGAUGUUUCCCAUGAUACCGCGUUUAACCCGAGCAGCAGUGAAGUAAAUGCAUGA